GUCUUGGUCCAUCCCUAGCGCCAUCGAUAGGUUUGUAAGAAACAAAAAGUAAAGAAAGUUGCAGUUCGGUUUCGUUUACGUGUUUAUUAACAGUCACAGGACAAACAGAAGUUUCACCAUGUCGGCGAAAGCAAUUACGGAGGCCUCCGGUAAGGACAUCCUGAACCGUCAUCUUUCCCUGCACGGCGCUGGUGCCGCCAGCUGCCGCUUCGCAACAGUCAACGCCACCACAGACUGGUCGAAACUGAGCGUCGACCAUCCCUGGCUGCUAACCACGCCUCUGGUGGUCAAGCCCGACCAACUGAUCAAGCGCCGUGGCAAGCUGGGCCUGAUUGGUGUGAAAAAGAACUUUGAGCAAGUGAAGCAGUGGAUUGGGGAACGCCUCAACAAGGACCAGAAGAUCGGCAAUGCCGUGGGAAAGCUGCGUAACUUCAUCAUCGAGCCAUUUGUGCCACAUACUGAUGCGGAGGAGAUGUAUGUGUGCAUCUAUUCCCAUCGUGCCGCGGACACGAUCCUGUUCUACCACCAAGGCGGUGUGGAUAUUGGAGAUGUCGAUGCCAAAGCCGUAAAGUUGGACAUACCCGUCAACGCCUCUCUCUCGCUGGCCGAUGUUAAGAGCAAGCUGCUUGUGGAGGUCAAGGAUGCGAAGGUCAAGGAACGCAUUGCCAAAUUCAUCAGCGCUCUGUACACCACUUAUGUGGACUUGUACUUCACCUACUUGGAAAUCAAUCCUCUUGUGGUGACGGCCGAAAAUCUUUACAUCUUGGAUCUGGCGGCUAAGCUGGACUCCACCGCCGAUUUCAUUUGUCGACCCAAGUGGGGUGAAAUCGACUACCCGCCACCCUUUGGCCGAGAUGCGUACCCUGAGGAGGCUUACAUUGCCGAUCUGGAUGCCAAAAGUGGAGCGUCGCUUAAGCUAACGAUUCUGAACCGCAACGGACGCAUCUGGACGAUGGUGGCCGGCGGUGGAGCUAGUGUCAUUUACUCGGACACCAUUUGCGACCUAGGAGGCGCAUCUGAGCUGGCCAACUAUGGCGAAUACAGUGGGGCGCCUUCUGAACAACAGACAUACGAGUACGCCAAGACGAUUCUCAACCUGAUGACCUCCUCGCCGAAGCAUCCAGAUGGCAAGGUCCUAAUUACUGGAGGUGGUAUUGCCAACUUUACAAAUGUGGCGGCGACCUUCCAAGGUAUCAUCACCGCCCUGCGAGAGUUCCAGCCCAAACUCGUGGAGCACAACGUGUCCAUCUUUGUGCGUCGGGCUGGCCCCAACUACCAGGAGGGUCUGCGCAAGAUGCGUGACUUCGGCACCACCCUUGGCAUUCCGCUGCACGUUUUUGGACCCGAGACCCACAUGACAGCCAUUUGCGGCAUGGCGCUGGGCAAGCGACCCAUCCCCCAGGUGGCCAGCGUAGAGUUCUCCACCGCCAACUUCUUGCUCCCCGGCGGCCAACAGGCGCAGGCGGACCUCAAGGCUUCCAGCGAUGCGGAGGCUCUAGGUUCAGCCCUGAGCCCGAGCGCAGCUAAACCGAUUAAACUACCACCUAUCUCAGCAGAUGAGAGCGAUAAUGUCGUCGACGGUGUCUUGUCUGGUGCGCAGCGCAACGGAUCAUCGCUCAACCGUAAGUUCUUCUCCACCACCACCAAGGCGAUUGUGUGGGGCAUGCAACAACGGGCGGUGCAGUCGAUGCUGGACUUUGACUUCAUCUGCAGACGUACGGAACCCUCUGUGGUGGCCAUGGUUUAUCCCUUCACCGGCGACCACAAGCAAAAGUACUACUGGGGCCACAAGGAGAUCCUUAUUCCGGUGUACAAAAAGAUGUCCGAUGCCAUUCACAAGCACAAAGAAGUGGACGUUAUGGUCAACUUCGCCUCCAUGCGCAGUGCCUAUGAGUCCACGCUGGAGGUCCUGGAGUUCCCCCAGAUUCGCACAGUGGCCAUCAUUGCCGAGGGUAUUCCCGAGAACAUGACCCGCAAACUGAUAAUUGAGGCAGACAAGAAGGGAGUGGCCAUUAUUGGUCCUGCCACCGUGGGUGGAGUCAAGCCCGGUUGCUUUAAGAUCGGAAACACCGGCGGCAUGUUGGACAACAUUCUGCAUUCCAAACUGUACCGCCCUGGCAGUGUGGCUUAUGUUUCACGUUCCGGCGGUAUGUCCAACGAGCUGAACAACAUCAUCUCGAAGGCCACGGACGGAGUGAUCGAGGGUAUUGCCAUUGGUGGCGACCGCUAUCCAGGAUCGACGUUUAUGGACCAUAUUCUACGUUACCAGGCUGAUCCGGAGUCUAAACUGAUUGUACUGCUUGGAGAGGUCGGAGGCACCGAAGAGUACGAUGUAUGCGCCGCUCUCAAGGAUGGACGCAUUACCAAGCCCUUGGUGGCGUGGUGCAUUGGAACCUGUGCCAGCAUGUUCACCUCCGAGGUGCAGUUCGGACACGCUGGCUCCUGCGCUAACUCAGACCGGGAGACGGCCACCGCAAAGAACAAGGCUCUCCGAGAGGCCGGAGCAUAUGUCCCGGACUCUUUUGACACGCUGGGUGAACUCAUCCACCAUGUGUAUGGUGAGCUGUUAAAAACUGGUCGUGUGGUUCCCAAAGAGGAGGUGCCGCCUCCAACCGUGCCCAUGGAUUACUCCUGGGCUCGCGAAUUGGGCUUAAUCCGAAAGCCUGCUUCGUUUAUGACUUCCAUCUGCGACGAACGUGGCCAGGAGCUCAUCUACGCGGGCAUGCCUAUUAGUGAGGUCCUUAGUAAAGAUGUGGGUAUUGGUGGCGUCAUUUCGCUGCUUUGGUUCCAGCGAUGCUUGCCCUCGUAUGUGUGCAAGUUCUUUGAGAUGUGCUUGAUGGUAACUGCCGACCACGGACCGGCCGUUUCCGGAGCACACAACACCAUCGUAUGCGCUCGUGCUGGCAAGGAUCUGGUGUCCUCGGUCGUCAGCGGUCUCCUCACCAUUGGUGAUCGAUUCGGUGGUGCUUUGGACGGCUCCGCCCGCCAGUUCUCGGAAGCAUACGACACAAAUCUGCAUCCCAUGGAGUUCGUGAACAAAAUGCGCAAAGAGGGAAAACUUAUCCUGGGUAUUGGUCACAGGGUCAAGUCCAUCAACAACCCCGAUGUGCGCGUCAAAAUUAUUAAAGAAUUCGUACUGGAGAACUUCCCGGCGUGUCCGCUCCUCAAAUACGCUCUGGAGGUGGAAAAAAUCACCACCAACAAGAAGCCCAACCUCAUAUUGAACGUGGAUGGUGUGAUAGCCACCGCCUUCGUGGACAUGCUGCGCAACAGUGGAUCCUUCACCAGUGAAGAGGCACAGGAGUACAUCAACGUUGGAGCAAUCAACUCGCUGUUUGUGCUGGGACGUAGCAUAGGCUUCAUCGGUCACUACAUGGACCAGAAGCGACUGAAGCAGGGCCUGUACCGCCACCCAUGGGACGACAUCUCAUACGUCAUUCCCGAGCAGUACAACUAAACGAUGUUAUAUUCUAUUAUGUCUCAAUCAUAUAUCCGAAAGUUGUUGUAAUUAAGCACAGAUGUACGACGUUCAGCGAGGAGGCUGUCGACUCCGUUCCAGAUGGUAGAUGCGUCCCUGCAUGCGUCUCCCCAGACCAGCCCCGUUCCCGUUCCACAUUAAUCCUGCAUUUAAAGUUCUCAAGUUACCAUUAUUGCCCUCGUUGCGUUUUCUGUAGAGGUGCGAGUGUGUCUCGGAGCCCGUAGCCCGGGUGUUUUUGGAAUCUAGAUAUAGUGAAAUCUGUGCUCCGAGCAGAAUUCAGCAUAAAAUUAUUUGAUACUUUUUAUACUUUAGUUUUGGAUGCUCACAAUUGUCUAGACAACAAGAGAAUAAAUUGUUGCAAAAGCUUAUUUUAUUAUUUUGCUUAA